CACUCUACUCAAAUCAUACAAACACACACCAAGGCUUAGGCUUAGGCUUCAGCUACCCAAGACCUUUUCGUCUCUCUCUUGAUCCAUCGAUCCCCCCCACCCAUACAUUUUGUUUAAAUAUUUUGGUUUGGCGUGGUAGGGGUUGGUUGGUUCCAUCUAUACUACAUCAUUACCAACAUGGCCACAGCCACACGCAGCUUGUUAAAACUAAUGUUAGUGCACAUCUUUAGUUUGGUUGUCUCGGUCUGGGCUCGCCCCGUUACCUUCCUCCAGGAUUUCCGUAUUACGUGGGCUGAUAGCCAUAUCAGGCAAAUCGAAGGAGGGCGGUCCAUUCAACUCAUCCUUGACCAAAAUUCAGGAUGUGGGUUUGCCUCCAAAAAUCAAUAUUUGUUUGGGCGUGUCAGCAUGAAGAUCAAACUCAUACCUGGCGACUCCGCCGGAACUGUCACUGCCUUCUAUAUGAAUUCAGACACCGAUACUGUGCGCGACGAAUUGGACUUCGAGUUCUUAGGCAAUAGAACUGGGCAGCCUUACACUGUCCAGACCAAUGUCUAUGUCCAUGGGAAGGGUGACCGGGAACAGAGGAUCAACCUCUGGUUCGACCCUGCUGCAGAAUACCACACUUACUCUAUUCUAUGGAACCACUACCAUGUUGUCUUCUAUGUGGAUGACGUGCCCAUUCGAGUAUACAAGAACAACGAGGCCAAGGGCCUCCCCUUUCCCAAAUUCCAACCCAUGGGAGUCUACUCUACAUUGUGGGAAGCCGACGACUGGGCAACGAGGGGCGGACUGGAGAAGAUCGACUGGACCAAAGCUCCCUUCUACGCCUACUACAAAGACUUCGACAUAGAAGGAUGCGCGGCGCCCGGAGCUGCGAGCUGCGCCUCAAAUCCCAACAACUGGUGGGAGGGCGCUGGUUAUCAGAAAUUGGACGAAUUGCAGGCUAGAAAAUACAGGUGGGUUCGCAUGAACCACAUGAUCUACGACUACUGCGUUGAUAAGUCUCGUUACCCGGUCACCCCACCAGAAUGCUUGGCCGGCAUCUGAAUGAUCAUGAAUGCAUCAAACAACUGGACUGGACAUAUGCCAUUCAAUUCAUCAUCUCUCAUGAAAGCCUAUGCCAUAUAUAUGUAUAUAUACCAAUAAAUGUGUAAUUAAUUAGAAUAUAAGCUCUCUGGAUUUAUGUGUUCAAAUGUGGCCCAACCUAUAUAUAGGCGUAGGUCGAUAUCUAUUUGUGGUUCCACGUGUUUGUUUGGUAUGAAUUUGUUUAUAUA